GCUGGCGAGUUGACGAUGUAUAUAUACAUCGACAUAUAUAUACAUAACAGCUGUGUCCUUCAACAUGGCGAACGUUCGAGUUCUCGGUAGAUUUGCCAACAAUGUUUUGACACAGAGAUCUUUGAAGGUUGCUCAGACAGCAACAACAUGUCAACCUUCGCGAAAUAAAUACUACAUCAUUACUCCUUCCGACAGCUCAUCCUGGCCAAAUGUACAUCCAAACGAAUCAAUCCAUCUUUAUUUGCGAGAAAUUGGAAAUGGAUUCCUUGUUACGUUAUCUGCGUUAUUUAAAGAGCCCGUUACUAUCAAUUAUCCAUUCGAGAAGGGACCACUGAGUCCAAGGUUUAGGGGAGAACAUGCACUCAGAAGAUAUCCAUCGGGAGAGGAGAGAUGCAUUGCUUGCAAGCUCUGUGAAGCCAUCUGCCCAGCACAGGCUAUCACAAUUGAAGCUGAAGAACGAACUGAUGGCUCGAGAAGAACAACUAGAUACGAUAUUGAUAUGACUAAGUGUAUUUAUUGUGGGUUCUGUCAGGAAGCCUGCCCAGUAGAUGCUAUAGUUGAGGGGCCCAAUUUCGAGUUUUCGACAGAAACCCACGAGGAACUGUUAUACAACAAAGAGAAACUUCUGAACAAUGGAGACCGAUGGGAAUCUGAAAUUGCUAGUAACAUUCAUGCCGAUCAUUUGUAUCGUUAAUCAAAUCUGAUAGAUGCCUAGUCGUUGUCCUUGGGCAAUAUAAAGGGAAAAAUCCUUGGUGUUUUUCAUUCUCAAGGAAAAUAAAAUUUUUGAACUUCACCAACAAAUACCUGUAAAUUAAUACAAUGCGGAUAUGUUUAUGGAAUAAAUGAAGUAGAGUUUAAA